AAGUGAAGUUCAAAUAAGGCCAAAUUAAAAUACAAGAGUAGAUCUAGAAACCCAUCCAAAUACAAAACAUGAUGAUCAUCCCAACUGUGCUAGUUUUACCAUUUCCAGGUCAAGGGCAUGUGAACCCCAUGAUGAUCCUCUCACAAAAGUUGGUUGAUCAUGGAUGCAGAGUCAUUUUUGUGAACUCAGACUUCAACCACAAACGAAUGAUGAGUUCUAUGGUGGAGCAACAACAUAGCCUUGAUGAAUCACUACUCAAGUUGGUCUCAAUCCCCGAUGGUUUAGGACCCGAUGAUGAUGAGAGAAACGAGCCAGGGAAGCUACUUGAUGCUGUUUUCAGCACCAUGCCUAGAACGCUUGAGAAGCUGAUAGAGGAUAUUCAUAUGAAGGGUGACCAUAAAAUCGGUUUCAUUGUUGCAGAUUUGGCCAUGGUAUGGGCGUUCGAGGUUGCAAGUAAAUUCGGAAUCAAAGGAGCUAUAUUCUGUCCUAUAGCAGCAACUAUGUUUGCCUUGUUAUGCAACAUCCCCAAGCUUGUUGAUGAUGGGAUCAUAAAUUCUGAUGGAUCACUAUUAACCACUAAAAAGACAAUUCAACUAUCACCAAAUAUCCCAGAGAUAGACCCAAGAUUGUUUUUUUGGUUAAAUAUGCCUGCUGGCAAAACGGAUUUUAUGCAAUGUUCACGAAUUUUAAAUUCGAUAGAAUGGUGGCUAUGUAACACAGCAUAUGAACUUGAACCUGGGGUUUUCAAUUUUGUUCCAAAGAUCCUCCCAAUUGGCCCAUUGUUGAGAAGUUAUGAAAGUACAAAUGCAACAUCAAGAUCAUUGGGACAAUUUUGGGAAGAAGAUCUCUCUUGCAUGAAUUGGCUUGAUCAACAACCUCAUUGUUCUGUCAUAUAUGUUGCCUUUGGCAGUAUCACUAUUUUUGACCAAAGCCAAUUCAAUGAAUUAUCUCUUGGACUAGACCUCACCAAUAUACCUUUUCUUUGGGUUGUGCGUCAAGACAAUAAGAUGAUGUUCCCUAAUGAAUUCCAAGGGCAUAAAGGUAAGAUAGUUAGAUGGGCACCUCAAGAAAAAGUUCUAAGUCAUCCUGCCAUUGCAUGCUUUGUUAGCCAUUGUGGUUGGAAUUCAACCGUGGAAGGUUUGUCAAAUGGUGUGCCCUUCUUGUGCUGGCCGUAUUUUUCAGACCAAAUUUAUGACAAAACAUACAUUUGUAAUGAGUUGAAUGUUGGGUUGGGACUGAACUCAAAUGAAAAUGGACUUGUGUCACGGGAGGAAAUUCAGAAGAAAUUGGACCAACUAAUUAGCGAUGAGAAUAUACGAUCAAGGUCUUUAAAGCUAAAGGAGAACCUAAUGAACAACAAAGGUCGAUCUUUAGAGAACCUCAACAAAUUUGUCAAAUGGCUUAAAGAAUAAGGAUUGGCCUUUUGUGCAUAUAUAUUGUAUCAUUUGCUUACUAUCGAACAAAUAAUUAAGACGAGUUUAAAUUGAGUGA